GGGGCUGUAUCUAUAUGCGUUUCACCCAAAUUCACACCACCAAUAUUAGGGUUUAGACACAAGUAACCGUCAUCCUACUCACUUCCACCAACAAUGGCAGAACCUGCACCUUCACUUCUACCAUUCAACAACUUAACAAUCUCCGACACCGUCACCGAAGCCGACUUCUCCCAGCGCGUCCUGAUCCGCUCAAUCCUAACCCGUCCCGACUCCGGCGCCGGUCUCGCCGGUCAAACCGUCAAGGUCGGCGGUUGGGUGAAGAAAGGGCGGGAACAAGGCAAAGGCUCAUUCGCGUUCCUUGAACUCAACGACGGAUCUUGUCCGGCGAACCUGCAGCUUAUUAUUUACGCCGAUGUUGCGCCGUUAGGUCAGUUUACUCCCACUGGUACGUGUUUGCAUGUUGAAGGUGUGCUUCAGAUGCCUCCUGAAGAUAAACAGGGGAAGCAGUCGAUUGAGUUGAAGGUUACGAAGGUAUUAGAUGUUGGAGCUGUGGAUCCGGCGAAGUAUCCGUUGCCGAAGACGCGGUUGACGCUUGAGUUUCUUAGGGAUUAUGUUCAUCUUCGUCCGAGAACUAAUACUAUUUCAGCUAUUGCUCGUAUCCGUAAUGCGCUGGCUUAUGCAACUCACACGUUCUUCCAGAAGCACGGGUUUCUUUAUGUGCAUACUCCAAUCAUCACCACUAGCGAUUGUGAAGGUGCAGGAGAGAUGUUUCAGGUCACGACGCUUAUAAACGAUGCUGAAAAGGUGGAAAAAGAGCUAAUCAAGAAUCCUCCUCCUUCACAAGAAGAUGUGGAUUUGGCCAGAAGUGUUGUGAAGGAAAAAGGUGAGAUAGUUGCCAAAUUGAAGUCCGAUAAAGCUGGUAAACCCGAGAUAACAGCUGCAGUUGCUGAACUUACGAAAGCGAAAGAGAAUCUGUCAAAGGUUGAAGAGAGAUCUAAACUGAAACCUGGUAUUCCAAAGAAGGAUGGGAAGGUUGACUAUGGUCAAGAUUUCUUUGCUCGUCAGGCGUUUUUAACCGUUUCGGGUCAGCUUCAAGUUGAGACGUUUGCUUGUGCACUUAGUAGUGUGUACACUUUCGGGCCGACGUUUCGAGCCGAGCAUUCUCAUACAUCACGACAUCUUGCUGAGUUUUGGAUGGUUGAGCCCGAAAUAGCAUUUGCUGAUAUUGAGGAUGAUAUGAAGUGUGCAGAGGCAUACGUUAGAUUUCUUUGCCAAUGGCUACUUGACAACUGUCUUGAUGACAUGGAAUUUAUGGUUGAGAAGUUUGACAAAAAGGCUAUUGAGAGGCUAAAAAUGGUUGCGUCAACCAACUUUGUACGCCUUUCAUACACAGAAGCAGUUACAAUUCUCGAGGAAGCUGUUUCUAAAGGCCACAAGUUUGAGAAUAAAGUAGAAUGGGGAAUUGAUUUGGCAUCUGAACAUGAGAAAUACUUGACUGAGACAAAAUUUGAGUCACCUGUGAUUGUGUAUAACUAUCCUAAAGGGAUUAAAGCGUUUUACAUGAAAGUCAACCCUGACAAGAAAACAGUAGCUGCCAUGGAUGUUCUUGUGCCAAAGGUUGGUGAACUAAUUGGAGGAAGCCAAAGAGAAGAAAACUAUGAGGUCAUCAAAGAAAGGAUUCUUGAGAUGGGGCUGCCACUAGAGCCAUAUGAGUGGUACCUUGACCUGCGUCGCUACGGGACCGUGAAACAUAGUGGGUUUGGUCUAGGGUUCGAGAGGAUGAUUCUUUUUGCAACAGGGAUAGACAACAUCAGGGAUGUAAUCCCUUUUCCAAGGUAUCCAGGAAGAGCAGAUCUUUAAGGAUACAUGGGGCCGUACAAAUACACUUAUCACAUCAAAUGAUUCCUUUUGCGUUUAGUAUUUAUUAGCAUUUACAUUUGCUAAAACCAGUUUGAAUUGAAUACACAUCUUGUAAGAUUUUGUUUCUACUAAUUGGUGAUGUUACAAACCCUUGUUCUUCUGCUAUUAGAAAAACAGUCUUUUGUCUUCUCUGA